AUGGCCUAUUCUUCUCUUAUCUGUCUUGUCACCAUCGCAUUCUUCGUAACUCCUACUUGUGCUCUGUUUUUCGGAGGAGGAGGAGGUGGUGGUGGAGGCGGCGGAUGCUGUGGUGGAUGUGGUGGAAGGAAAAAGAGAUCGAUCGAAGACCAGAAAGAAUACCGUUUCUACGCCGAGCAUAGCGACAAAUUGUGCAAUAACCCCGAGCUAAAGCGAGUCAUCCGCAAAUACAUGAGCACGGAUCCCACAACUUCAAAAGCCAACUUGGUGAACGCCUUGAUUCCCGAGGGUGAUCAGUUCUUCGUUGUUUGCGUCACUGGCGACUCUACCUAUUCAGCGCCAAGAACAUCGACUUUCUGCUCACACACUUCCGAGAAUCAUACUUGCUAUGUAUUCGGUAUCUAA